CCUGGUUAAAGCUAAUGCAGCGUGACACGAUGUAAGUAGCCUAUACACAGACCUCCUUAAAAUUUUUCCGGCUAUUUUUCCUGGAUAAUCUUGAUAGUUGUCGAGCUACAGUAUGUUGUCUACAACCUUUCGCCAGGAAACAGGGAAUGGGCACCUUUCUGCUUCACCGCCUUUUACAGAUCUCAAUAAUUUAGCUUCGGCUGAGGUUGGAGCAAAGAUUCUUUUUGCAACAGAUGAUUUUUUUGCUGUAGCAGAAAAUUUACUCAAUCCUGCUCCUCCAGAAUGGAAAGAAGGUGUUUUUACUGCAUUUGGAAAAUGGAUGGAUGGAUGGGAAACAAGAAGAAAAAGAAUACCAUCCCAUGACUGGUGUCUUAUUAAAUUGGGAGUAGCAGGGAUUAUCAAAGGAUUUGACAUUGACACAUCAUUCUUCACUGGAAAUUACCCUCCUAGGAUAUCAAUCCAAGCAGCAUGCCUUGAUAAUGAUGAAAGUUUCCCAGAGCGAGUGAGUGAGAUUGGAACAUGUCCUACAGAAGACCAAAUGAAGCAGGCAGAGAGCAUUGAGUCUCAGAAAUGGGUUGAGAUUGUUCCUCGAAGUAACCUUAAGCCAGGGUAUACAGAAUCCUGCCAUAACUAUUUCACAGUGUCAGAGAACUCACGAUUUACACAUAUUCGGCUAAACCUUUUUCCAGAUGGUGGAAUUGCAAGGCUAAGGGUCUAUGGUGUUGCCUUGAGAGACUGGAAAGGAUUCCCUCAACACGAGAUGGUAGAUCUAGCAGCAAUGGUGAAUGGCGGGACUGCUGUGGCUUGUUCCAACAAGCAUUAUGGACAUCCAAGGAAUUUGAUCGCACCUGGUCGAGCCCCCAACAUGGGGUCUGGGUGGGAGACAGCCAGACGUCUUGACCGACCAGCUGUCUUGAGGUUGCGAGAAGAUGGCUGCUUAGAUGUUACAGGCAACGAAUGGACAGUGUUGAAGCUUGGACAUCCUGGGAUUAUUAAAAAGAUUGAAGUUGAUACAAACCACUUCAAAGGAAACUUUCCAGAUUCCUGUCUUAUUGAAGGUUGUAUCAUGACAACAGAAGAAGAGCAGAAAUUCACAAGUGACCAAGAGAAAUUUGAACCAGCAUGGAGAACUUUGCUACCCAGUACUAAGCUGUUUGCUCACCGUCAAAUGUUCUUCACGAGCACUAUCCAAGAUUGUGGCAUCAUCUUCCAUGUGCGAUUGACCAUCUUCCCGGAUGGUGGUAUCAGCAGACUAAGGCUGAUGGGUUACCUGCGAUCCUUGCAAGACAACGCCCUUCCUUCCAAACUAUCAGGGCUGAACUGACUGGGAGAGUAUAGCAUACCAUAGAACAUGGCACAUAGUCAGGAUUUGCUGAGUGGCAGUCUGUAGUCAUAGAUAUCAUUUCGAAAAAGUAUAAUAUUUCAGGAUCCUUCAAUAAAAAUGCUCCGUUUUGGGAGUUUUUGGGUAGAAGUUGCGCGCAACACAUUCAGCAUGAUAACACACAAAUAUCGUGCCUAUCUACUUUAUUUAGGUAAUGUGACAAAGAUUUUUCCUUUCCGUAUAUGCAAAUCUUUCUGCGGCUAGAAAAUAGUGAAAUAGCUCACGACUUGAAACAAUCUUCUUAAAAUUGUAAUAAACUAAGUGAUUCCCCAGUGGUGAGUGGAAGAGUGGGGAUUUUAUAUGAGUCUUUUGGAACUUCAUGAACGGCGACAUUGGGAUUUCUGUGGUGGUCAGGUGUGAGGGGCCUGGGGAAACAGCAGAUCUGCUCGACAGUACUCCCCUGUGUCUAGAUUUAGCGCCAUCAGCUGACCGGGCUCAAGGUUUGGAGUGCGAUGUUCCACGAAAACCCGCCGUAAACAGCAGUCCUGGUGAUACAAACACCCGGGGUUUUAGUGUCUUCACAUUCAAAUGCUAUACUGUAUGUCAAUGCGUCGUGCAGAAAGUUCUCGCACCCGUAAUUUUCCCGACUUUUCGCGUUAGUUUCUUGGCAGCGGUGAAAAUUCUAGCGUGAUCAAAAUCAUUUAGAUUACAGCAGUAGAGGUCAAGGGGGGAGAGGUUAAUUGCCAUAUCUAUGGAAACCUUUUGCGAUUAUCUUAAAGGAAAUGGCUUGUUGAGGGAGGUGGUGGGGGGCCUAGCCUUCGUAGCAAGCGCUUCUGGGGGGGGGGGGGGGGGGGUCAGAGAGUUCGGGAUUGUGGUCAGGGACCGUGACCAGUCACGUGUAAGGGGUUACAUAACGGAUGUAGGGGAUUUUGGGUAGAAGAAGAGUAACCGGGGAGCUUGUAUAAACCUAUUUCACAAAAGGUAGUCAGUGCAAAUGGUAAAUGGCUUAUGUGUACUAAUUAUUCGUAAAAUUAAAGGUGUUAAAUAAAGGCCAGCAAUGUCAGAGCCAAGCAUUGGUAACCUUUAAUGGAUAGUUGUUUUGAUUUAUCCAUAUUCUUCGAGGCGCAUGGUUACUUUCAGUCGUAGAACUGCCAUUUGUCAGUCGCCAUUUGCACUGACAACCUUUAUUGAAAUAAGUGUAUGUGCGAAAAGAGUAGGAUAAUAAAGCAGAUGAUUUACCAUAAAA